GUGACGCUGCUCAUGCUUCGAGACAGUGAUGUCGAUUUAAAUGCCAAGGAUAAAAAGGGAAUGACGCUGCUGCACUGGGCGGUAUUAGACGGAUAUCCGAGUGUAGUUCAGAUGCUGAUUGAUACUGGCGUCAACGUUGGUGUGCAGGAUCAUAGCAAAAGGACACCAUUAAUUACAGCAGUAUCAAGGGAACAUGGGGAGGUUGUUGAGGUACUACUCCGAUCUGGCAAGGCUGAUGUAGAUGCGAAAGAUGAACAUGGUCGGACAGCACUGGUAUUUGCAGCAACGGUGGGGUACAGGGACAUGGCCGAAUUGCUACUGACUAUUGGAAAGGCAAACGUUAAUAUGAGGACGCAGGAUAACGAAACAGCAUUGAUACAUGCGGCAAGGAGGGGAGACAUGGACAUGGUUGAGCUACUGCUCACCACUGGAAAGGCGGACGUUAAUAUUCAAGGAUAUGGUGGAGAGACGGCGUUGAUCUGUGCAGCAAGGAGGGGAGACUCGAACAUCGUUGAGUUACUGCUUACCAUUGUCAAGGCUGAUGUUCAUGGGGUGAACGAUCAGGGAAAGACAGCAUUCGAUGUUGCGAAGGAACUGGGCCAUCUUUCCUCAGCCACGCUAUUA